AUGGGCAGCGAGGUGGAAGCCGUGGCCGAAGCGGCCACUGCCGAGAAGGCCGGGGCCAACGCAGCGAGGUUGCCCCGCGUCGCCUCGAAGACGGAGGACCUAUACACAUUGCGGGCACUGGCUGGUGAGGAAUGGGAUGAGGUGGAGGAGCCCGAAGAGCCACGGUUUGCGCGGGUGGCGCUUGUGGGCGCGCCCAAUGCUGGCAAGUCGACCCUGGCCAACGCCCUGGUUGGCACCAAGGUCUCCAUCGUCUCGCCCAAGAUGCAGACGACCCGCGAGCGGGUGCUGGGCGUCGCCACCCGUGGCGCGGUCCAGGCUGAGUAUUUGGACACGCCGGGACUCCUCGCGCCAUCAGCACGGUACGCCGGAAAGAAGGUCAUGCGAUCGCUGUUGCUCGAGGCCGCCGACGCCCUGGCUGAGGCCGAUGCCGUCAUCUGCGUUCUCGACGCUGUCAAGCGCUGGGGCUCCAACGAGCACUCGGCGCUCGCGGCAGCGCUCCGCUCGGGCCGCCCGGCGCUGGCAGUCAUCAACAAGAUUGACUACUUGCAGCCGCCGGUCGCGCGGGAGGAGCUUGCCAAAGACGCCGACGAGUGGCGAGCAAGGGUGCUUGAGGUGGCGGCACUGCCAGCGCCGGCCUCGCCGCCCGCCCUUGAUCUGACCUUUACCUCGGCAGUUGCCGGCGAGGGUGUGAACGAUGUUCAUACAUGGGUCGCCUCGCAUGCCCCGCUCGCCAACUGGAAGUACCCGUCGUGGUGGAAAUCGGACGCGUCGCCGGUGGCCCACGUCGAAGAGCUCGUCCGCGAGCAAAUUUACCGCAGGCUCAACCAGGAGAUGCCGUACGUGGUCGAGCCGCGGGUCUUUGGCUGGACGCCGCUUCCCUCGGGCCAGCUCCGGAUCGACGUCGAGCUCGCUGUCCGGACCAAGGUCCAGGCUCGCACCCUCAUCGGCUCGCGCGGCGCCGUCAUCUCGGGCAUUCGCGACCGCGCACUGGCCGAGAUCGAGGACGCGCUCGGCGCCGACGCGCUGUUGUACUUGCGUGUGGUGCGGAAGCGAUAAAGAGCAAUGCUGUCCU